GGGGGGGGGGGGGGGAGGAAGAGCGCAGUGAGGAUGAGGACAAGUCCAUGCGUGUGCACGGUGUCCAUCGUCGUGGCGCUGGUGAUGAAGACGAGCUGGAUCACGGCUGGCCGGACCCCGCAGAGAAGAGACAGCGGGGUGCUGAGCCAGGAGCUGUGGGAGAAGGAGGUCCGGUCGGCGGGCAGUCUGGACGAGCUGCUGCGGCUCACCGACUUCCCCGACUGGAUGCUGUGGAAGUGCCGCCUGAGACUGCAGGAGCCCGAGACCCAGCUCCUCGCCUCUUCCUCCUCACCGCCGUCACCUUCAUCAUCAUCAUCGUCGAUAUUUUCAUCAUCUUCAUCGUCGUUGUUAUCCUCAUCAUCACCCUCGUCUUCCUCGUCGGCCGGGUCCCAUCGGUCCACGCGCUACGCCGCCGUGUCCUACAGCCUGGAGAUACUCAAAGCCAUCGACGAGGAGUGGCAGCGGACCCAGUGUAUGCCCAGGGAGACAUGCGUGGAUGUGGCCAAGGAGCUCGGGACUGACCCCUCUAUGUUCUUCAAGCCCCCCUGUGUCUCCGUCUACAGGUGUAACGGUUGCUGUAACACUGAGGGCGCCACCUGCAGAAACACAACGGCCACAUACGUCAACAAAACCCUUCUGAGCGUCAUCCCGUUCAAAUUCGGCCCUGAGCCCGUCUUGAUCAAAGUGGCCAAUCACACGGAGUGUAGGUGCAUGGAACCGCCCAUCAUCCGUCGCAACGCCCGCCCCCCAAAGAAGAGAGGGUGCUCCCCCAUGCACCAUUUGGCCGACAGCGAGGACACCAGGAGGGUGUGUGCCACCGGGAUGCUCUGGGACUGCAUGGAGAACCGAUGUAUUCCUUACCCCGCCUCCAUACCUGAGUUCUCUCUGAACGCCUGGCUGCCGGACUGUGAGCUGGACCCGGAGCGAUGCGCCUGUUUGCCCCGGGCGCCUCCGUCCCGCCCGCCGCUGUACCGCUGCCACAUCAACGCCACGGUCUGCUCCGGGCGCCGGAAAACCUACGACCACCGCGCCUGCAGAUGCAAGUGACACAAGUCCAAAUCCAGCGGAGAGACAAUCUGCUCUCUGGAAACCAGAGGCAGAGAGAAAAGAAGAAUAAUUUAUUUACAACCCUAUUUAUGUAAACACAUUAACAAAGUUGAAGACAUCGUUUAUAUUAACUCCCGUGGUGACCAUGUUAAUGGAUUGCAUCGUGUAUACAUUGUGUUCCAAUCAUUGUAUAAAGUUUAGGAUUUUUUACAUGUCUUUUUUUUGCACUGAACCAAAGAAAUGUUUCCAUAAAAUUGUUGAUAUUUUUUAUAAUUUGACCAUGCACUGCUGUAUCUGGGUACCAUUCAGAACAUUCACAACCCUUAUUUUUGGUGUUUAAACCAUAGACUGUAUAACAUGGGCUAUUGUUAAACUACAACGGGCCUUGUUCAAUUGAUCUUCGUCCAGAGGGCCCUAGUAAUAGUUAUUUGAAUACCAAAUCAGUAACAUGAAUGGGGAACUUCGGAAUGUUUCAAACAAAACGACACAUUACAGUAAAUUACGAUUAAUCUCCUCAAAUUCAAAGUGUUUUAAAUAUGUUUAGUGUAUGUAUGUGUGUGUGUAUGUGUGUUUGUGGGUGUGUGGUGUGUGUAGUGUGUGGGGGUUCUGAACGCAAUUAAAAAACGUUUAGGAAUAGUUGCUAUUUCUUUACUACUGGCGGGAUAGUAAAUCUCCCCUUGAUAGAAAACAUCAUUGCCAUAUUAUGAUGCAUUAAAAUAAAUUAAUGUGCACUUUGGUGGUUAA